CACACAUACACAAAAGCACACACACACACACACACACACAGUUUGCUCGGUCCAAUCUACUCACACACAAUCUUUGACAUCUCUCACUUCACAUCAUAAGAAUAAUAAUAAUAAGAGAUCCAUCAAACAAUUCAAAUAAACAAAGUCUCUGCAUUUCGAUUCAUUCACAUUUACACUUGACCUCAAAUUCAGCAGCUCAUGGAAGAGGAGAAUGAAGUGGAGUUGUUACAGAGAUACAGGAGAGAUAGAAAGAUAUUAUUGAAUUAUUUGUUAUCUGGCACUUUAAUUAAAAAAGUUGUUAUGCCACCUGGUGCUGUUUCUCUAGAUGAUGUUGAUCUUGAUCAAGUUAGUGUUGAUUUUGUUCUCAAUUCUGUUAAGAAAGGUGAUGAGCUUGAACUUUCGGAAGCUAUUAGAGAUUAUCAUGAUAGUACAGCGUUCCCUCAUAUGAAUGCAGAGUCUGAAGGCGAGUUCUUUUUGGCUACCAAUCCUGAAUCAGCAGGUUCACCUCCAAGAAGGGCACCGCCAGUGGUUCCUUUUGUAGUACCAUCACCCAUCACGCCAGACAUAACAUCACUGCCCUUUGAGGCAACAGAAGAGGAUGAAUCGGAUACGGUGUCAAAAUUGCAAACCCUUAACUCGGUGCAAGAUCGAAAUUUAACUGUUGAUGACAUUGAUGAUUUUGAGGAUGAAGAUGAUUUAGAGGAACUUACUAGUCAUAGGUAUUCAAGGAGAUCACUGAAUGAUACAGCCGAUCUUGUUGUGGGGUUGCCUUCAUUUGCAACAGGUAUAACUGAUGAUGAUCUCCGUGAAACCGCCUAUGAAAUUUUAUUGGCUGCUGCUGGGGCUUCAGGGGGCCUUAUAGUGCCAUCGAAGGAAAAGAAGAAAGAAAAGAAAUCCAGGCUGUUGAAAAAGCUUGGACGAAGUAAGAGUGAACAGGUUACAGCCCAUUCCCAACAAUCAACUGGUCUGACAGGUCUGCUGGAGACAAUGCGCAUCCAAAUGGAGAUUUCAGAAGCAAUGGACAUUAGAACAAGACAAGGGCUAUUAAAUGCAAUGGCUGGUAAAGUGGGCAAAAGAAUGGAUGCUCUUUUGAUUCCUCUAGAGUUGUUAUCGUGUGUUUCUCGAACUGAAUUUUCUGACAAGAAAGCUUAUAUAAGAUGGCAAAAGAGACAAUUGAAUAUGCUGGAGGAAGGACUUGUUAAUCACCCAGUUGUGGGAUUUGGAGAAUCUGGACGCAAAGCAAGUGAAAUGAGAGUUCUUUUAGCAAGAAUUGAAGAAUCUGAGUCAUUUGCACCUUCUGUGGGUGAACUUCAACGCAUAGAAUGCUUAAGAUCUUUGAGGGAGAUUGCCAUUCCACUUGCAGAGAGGCCGGCUCGUGGUGACUUAACUGGUGAAGUAUGUCAUUGGGCAGAUGGGUAUCAUUUUAAUGUCAGGCUUUAUGAGAAACUCCUUCUCAGCAUUUUUGAUGUUCUAGAUGAAGGAAAACUAACAGAGGAAGUGGAAGAAAUACUUGAACUUCUAAAGUCAACCUGGCGUAUCUUGGGAAUAACAGAGACUAUUCACCACACCUGCUAUGCAUGGGUUCUAUUUCGUCAGUUCGUCAUGACUAGAGAGCAUACACUUCUUCGGCAUGCCAUUGAACAAUUAAACAAAGUACCCAUGAAAGAAGAACGAGGCCCCCAGGAAAGAAUGCACUUAAAAAGCUUAUAUUGCAAGGUUGAAAAUGAAGACGGGUCUGAAGAGCUAACCUUUAUACAGUCCUUUCUAAUGCCUAUUCAGAAGUGGGCUGAUAAGCAACUUGCAGAUUACCACGUGCACUUUCCCGAGGCAUUGGCAAUGAUGGAACAUGUUAUAUCAAUCUCAAUGGUUGCAAGGCGACUGCUUCAGGAAGAACAUGGAUCGGCAAUGCAGAAUGCAUCUGUGACAGAUGGAGAUAAGAUAGAAUCCUAUGUAUCGUCAUCCAUCAAAAGUGCAUUUGUAAGGAUAUUGCAGGAUGUUGAGACAAUGUCCAAUGCAACAGAUGAACAUCCAUUGGCAUUAUUAGGAGAAGAGACCAAGAAACUUUUGAAGAGGGAUGCAACCAUAUUCAUGCCGGUAUUAUCUCAAUGGCAUCCGCAAGCUGUGGUGGUUUCAGCAUCUCUCCUUCACAAGCUUUAUGGAAGCAAGUUGAAACCCUUCCUUGGUAGUGUUGAACAACUUACAGAGGAUGUAGUUAUGGUAUUCCCGGCAGCUGAUAGUUUUGAAGAGUAUGUUAUGGACCUGAUCACAUCUUCUGGUGGAGGAGGAGAAGCAGAGGUCUCCUUGAAAAAACUUGCUCCAUACAAGAUUGAAACAAUAUCUGGAACACUGGUUUUGCGUUGGGUCAAUUCUCAACUAAGCAGAAUUUUGAGUUGGGUGGAGCGAGCUAUUCAACAGGAGCGGUGGGAGCCUGUCUCAAUGCAGCAACGGCAUGGGAGUUCAAUUGUUGAGGUUUAUCGCAUUGUUGAAGAGACCGUUGAUCAAUUUUUCGCUCUAAAGAUUCCUAUGAGGUCCGGAGAAAUGAAUAGCCUAUUCCGAGGCAUUGAUAAUGCAUUUCAAGUAUAUGCAAAACAUGUUGUUGACAACUUGGCUAGCAAGGAAGAUAUUAUCCCCCCCGUGCCAAUUCUGACAAGAUACAGGAGAGAAAGUGGAAUCAAAGCUUUUGUCAAGAAAGAGUUGAAUGAUCCAAGGCUGCCUGAUAUGAGAAAGUCAAGAGAUAUCAAUGUUUUGACAACAUCAACACUAUGUGUCCAGUUAAACACACUUUAUUACGGCAUUAGUCAUCUUAACAGACUGGAAGACAGCAUUUGGGAACGCUGGACAAGGAAGACAAAGCAUGGCAAAUCAAAUAAGAAGUCUACCGAUGAGAACUCGAGAAAAGAAAGCUUUGAUGGAAGUAGGAAAGACAUAAAUGCAGCCAUUGACCGCAUUUGUGAAUUUACAGGUUUUAAGAUAAUUUUCUGGGAUCUAAGGGAACCAUUCAUUGAGAAUCUAUAUAGACCUAGUGUUUCUGAAUCCAGAUUGGAAACACUCAUUGAGCCACUUGAUGUGGAAUUAAAUCAACUGUGCGAUGUCAUUGUGGAGCAACUUAGGGAUCGAAUUGUAACCAGCCUACUUCAAGCAUCACUGGAUGGUCUAAUCAGAGUACUAUUAGACGGUGGUCCAGCACGGUUGUUUAUUUCUUCUGAUGCUAAAUACUUGGAAGAAGAUUUGGAGGUUCUAAAGGAAUUUUUUAUAUCUGGCGGAGAUGGUCUUCCCCGUGGAGUUGUUGAAAAUCAAGUAGCACGUGUUCGACAGGUGAUCAAGCUGCAGGGAUACGAGACACGGGAGCUCAUUGAUGACUUAAGAUCCACAAGUGUUUCAGACAGAAGCAAGUUGGGCGCUGAUAGCAAAACACUCCUGAGAAUAUUGUGUCACAGAAGUGACUCCGAGGCUUCUCAAUUCCUCAAGAAACAAUACAAAAUUCCUAAAUCUGCCGCAUAGAGGUUUCAAUACAUUCAGAGAGCUUCAUCACUCGCUUAUGUUGCUUAUGUAUGGAGUUUUGGUUAGAGGAAAACAAAUAGCUGCUGCCGUAAUUAUACAACCAAACAGUUGGAUUUGGACCAAAAUGUCAUGUACUAUAUACGAGUAUUAGUUUCUCCGACUUUUUUUUUUCUUUUGUUGUAAAUUAUUGUUUUUAAGUGUUGAAAAUUUUAGUUGCCAUGA